AAACAAUUAAAAUUAUUUAUUUUUUUGCAGAUUUUUCUGUUCCUUCGCAACAUCAGCUUCAAAGUUCAACUUGAAAUGGUUCAAAACGAUGGACAGCUCGAAUCCAUCUAGCCUACCGCUGGAAAAAUCUUCUGGAAAUGUGCAAAAGGGAAAACUGUUGAAUAUCUGGUCGAGGUGCAUUGCCCAGCCGUCAUCAUUUUUGGGAUCAUCGAUUUCUCGUUUUUGGGCUAACGCGGAUAUCAAAAAUCGAGUCUGCAGUGCUGCAAUCGGUCGAGUGAACUUUGUGUCAAAAUGCCUCAAAAAGUUCCCCGAAGUAUCGCUCAGUUGCAACAUCAGUGCCAGCUUAUCACUCAACACUGGGAAGGAAAAAGUGAAGAACGAAGACUUGGAAAAGCAAGAAAGGUGCCACAAGGUCGCUAUGAUAGAAUACGAGAUUCAAAAUCUGGAGCGCCAGCUGAAGAAGAGGCAAUUCUAGAAUAUUACCCGCACAAAAACCUAACCCAAAAUUAUUGUAAUAACCUAUUUUAUGCAAGCUUAUUUGUACUUGAAUUUUCGCAAAUUUUCGAUUAUUCUGACUUUAUAAGAAUUCAAUAUUCAAUUUUAAUAAAUAAUUAAGGAAGUGAAAU